UUGGUGAUCGUUAGAGGCAGGCACUAUAAAAAGACCAGUUCAGUAACAGUUCUACAUGGGUGUUUAAAAGUAUUUCUUUCUUUUUUUUGGUAGUUGGUGUGUUGAGGUUUUUUGACGGUAGUUUUGGCUGGAUAUGGGUGAAAUCACUAUGCGAAUUUUAAAUCUUUCUUGGGCAGUACUCUUAAUCCUUGUUCAUGACAAUAUUGUGAAUGCUUAUGGCUAUAGCUCUGUCACCAAUGGAGGCUAUCAUGGAUCUUAUAAUCCUAAAGUGGAUUAUGUUGAACUACAAAGUUUCUACAGCCAGUAUGAUCCAGAUGUAGCAGGAUUAUUCAGGCCCCGGGCUUCCAAGAACAUUUAUAGUACUGCAGUUAAGGGAGGAUAUGGUACUGGAAGUCUCAGUUUGCAGACUGGCUCUUCAGGUGGUCCUGUGACAAGUGUAAAACCUGAUUCUGACACUAGAAGCCAACUUCAGGAAUCUCAAGUUGCUUCAGCUGGAAGUGGCAGUCUUGUUCAUGGCUCUGUGGGUAGUGAAGUGAGUGUGGGCAUGUCAGGGUAUGGUUUUAGUCAGUCAGCUAGUCUUCAAGGCUCUGAUGCCAUGCCUUCUCCCUUGGUAUUGAUGCCAUUGCAGCAAAGCAAUUACUCUGUUCUUAAGCCAGUGCAGCUAACGUCCCAAAUUCCACUGCAAACCAGUACUGAUCCUGUGGCAAUGCCCGUCAGUCAACAGCUAGUGCAGACCGUCUCCCAGUCUGGUGGUCCGCAACCAGCACAAACAAGCUCUGAAACCAUGGCCCAGUCCAGUAGCCAACAAUUAGCCCAAGCCAGCUCCCAGUCUGCAGUAGACCGUAGACAGCUGCUUAAGCCUCAGAGAGGUAGACCUUUGCAAAUUGGCUCCAGGCUUUUUUCAGGUUCCAAGCCAGGUCAGAAUCAAAGCUUUGGCUUUUUCAUGCCUUUGCAGACAAAAAAUGAGUCCAUAUCACAACCCAGCUACCAAAUAGAGCAACAUGGAAGUCAGUUAGUCAGUCAGCAACUAGCUGAGUCCAGAGGCCAGUCCAUGGUGCAGGCCAGUGGCCAGCAACCAGUACAAGUCAUCUAUGAAGCUAAACCAAGCAGCCAGCAACUAGCGCAGGCUUUUGGUCUGUCUGUGGUCCAGCCCAGCAGUGAACAACUAGCUCAAGCCAGUUCUCAGUCUGUGUCUCAGCCCAGUGGAUUGCAAGACGCACAGGCCAGCUCCCAGUCUGUGCCUCAGCCCAGCAGCCAACAACUCCUACAUGCCACUGAUCUGUCUCAGCUCAGCAGUCAACCACUGCAAGCCAGUGGCCAGUCUGCAGCCCAGACCUCCAGCCAGCAAGUAGUACAAGCCAGCCAAUCUGUCUCCCAGUCCAGUGGCCAGCAACUAGUACAAGCCAUCAAUGAAGCCAUAGCUCAACCAAGCAGCCAGCAACUAGCGCAGGGUUCUGGUCUGUCUGUGGUCCAGCCCAGCAGCCAACAACUUGCUCAAGCCAGUUCUCAGUCUGUGGCUCAGCCCAGUGGACCGCAAGAAGCACAGGCCAGCUUCCAGUCUGUAGCUCAGCCCAGCAGUCAACUAGUGCAAGCCAGUGGCCAGUCUGCAGCCCAGACCUCCAGCCAACAACCAGCACAAGCCAGCUACCAAUUUGUGGCCCAGCCUGCUGACCAACAACCAGCACAAGCAAGCUACCAGUCUGUGGCCCAGCCCAGUGUGCUUCAACCAGCACAAGCAAGCUACCAGUCUGUGGCCCAGCCCAGUGUCCAACAACCAGCACAAGCAAGCUACCAGUCUGUGGCCCAACCCAGUGCCCAACAAACAGCACAAGCAAGCUACCAGUCUGUGGCCCAGCCCAGUGCCCAACAACCAGCACAAGCCAGCUACCAGUCUGUGGUCCAGCCCAGUGCCCAACAACCAGCACAAGCCAGCUACCAGUCUGUGGCCCAGCCUAGUGUGCUUCAACCAGUACAAGCCAGCUACCAGUCUGUGGCCCAGCCCAGUGCCCAACAACCAGCACAAGCCAGUUACCAGUCUGUGGCCCAGCCCAGUGUGCUUCAACCAGGACAAGCCAGCUAUCAGUCUGUGGCCCAGCCCAGUGUGCUUCAACCAGCACAAGCCAGCUAUCAGUCUGUGGCCCAGUCUGCUAAACCAGCUCAAGCCAGUUACCAGUCUGUGGCCCAGCCCAGUAUCCAACAACCAGCACAAGCAAGCUACCAGUCUGUGGCCCAGCCCAGUGCCCAACAACCAGCACAAGCCAGCUACCAGUCUGUGGCCCAGCCCAGUGCCCAACAACCAGCACAAGCCAGCUACCAGUCUGUGGCCCAGCCUAGUGUCCUAAAACCAGCUCAAGCCAGUUACCAGUCUGUGGCCCAGCCCAGUGUGCUUCAACCAGGACAAGCCAGCUAUCAGUCUGUGGCCCAGCCCAGUGUGCUUCAACCAGCACAAGCCAGCUAUCAGUCUGUGGCCCAGUCUGCUAAACCAGCUCAAGCCAGUUACCAGUCUGUGGCCCAGCCCAGUAUCCAACAACCAGCACAAGCUAGCUACCAGUCUGUGGCCCAAGGUGGACAACUUUAUCAGAUUGGGUCUAAGCUUUAUUUAUGUCAGGAGUUCGUAUCGCAGCCCAGUUACCAGCUUGCAGCCCAACCAGGACAGACUAGGUAUCAGCCUCCAUCCAGACCUAGUUCUCCAUCCUUGGCUCAGCGUAUAGAGUCUCUUGUUCAGGCCAGUUACCAGGCCCCAGUGAGGACUGGGCAGCCUACCUAUGAGUCUAUGGUGCAACCCAGCCACCAAGUCCCUCCCAGACCACUGCAAUCCACACUCCAGUCUGUUUUCAGACCAGCUCAGCUGCCUGAACAGCCUAGCUACCAGCCUCCAGUGCUUCCAAGCCGACAGCCUCUUGAUCCAAAGGUACAACCAAGCUGCUUGCCUCUUGCCAAGCCUGGACCAUCCAGUUAUGGUUCUGUAUUUAAGCCCAGUGGUCAACCUUCUAGGCAAAUGCAGCAGCCUUGCUACCAGUCUCUGGCCAAGCCAGGGCAAGAGGUGUAUCGGCCCCUAGUGAAACCUAUACAAUCCAGCUAUGGACCCUCAAGCAAGCUGGGAACUCUUGGAGACUACCAGCCUCAAAUACUGCCUAGCCGCCAGUCUCUAGGUCAGCCCAGCUACAAUUCCCAAGCCAUGCCAGUGCAGUCCAAGUACCAGGCACAGUCAAGUUCUGAGAAAGUUUCUCAGUCUGGAUACCAGAUGUCUUCUAUGGCAGGGCAGUCUGGUUCCCAGCCUGAAAUGCUGCCUAGCCACCAGUCUCUAUCUCAGUCUGGCUACUCAUCCCUAGCCAUGCCAGUGCAGUCCAGGUACCAGGUACAGUCAAGUUAUGAGACCGUCUCUCAGCCUGGAUUCCAGACCUCUUCAAUGCCUGGGCAAUCAAGUUACCAAUCUGUAUCCAGAUCAGGUUCCCAAGCCCUGGAGCAGCCCAGCAAUCUCUUUGUCUCAAGCUUUGAGCCUAUGUCGCAGUCAGUGCAACCUGGACUUCAGUUUCCAACGCAAUUGAAUUACCAGUCUGUCACAGGUCAAAAUGCUCCUAGACCUGCCCAAAGAAGGCCACAUUCAUCCAAGAGCAUGUUCAGGCUGUUGCAACAAUAGCUGACUACCUGUUUUUGGCUGAUGUUUGUGUUUUGAAACGUCAAUAAAAUAUCAUUAGCAAAUGUC